UGGAGCAGGCAUGGAUGGGAAGAAAUGCAGCGUGUGGAUGUUUUUGCCCCUUGUAUUUACCCUAUUUACUUCAGCGGGACUAUGGAUAGUAUAUUUUAUAGCUGUGGAAGAUAACAAAAUUUUCUCUUUAAAUGCUCCCGAAAGGAAACCUGGUCAGAAACAUGCACCCUAUAUAAGUAUUGCAGGUGAUGAACCUCCUGCAAGUUGUGUGUUUAGUCAAGUCAUGAACAUGGCAGCAUUUCUUGCCCUUGUGGUAGCAGUUCUACGCUUCAUACAGCUGAAACCCAAAGUUUUAAACCCUUGGCUAAAUGUGAGUGGAUUGGUGGCACUAUGCCUGGCUUCCUUUGGGAUGACAUUACUUGGUAAUUUUCAGCUCACCAAUGAUGAAGAAAUCCAUAAUGUAGGCACCUCCCUAACUUUUGGAUUUGGUACACUGGCCUGCUGGAUCCAGGCUGCUCUGACACUGAAAGUCAACAUCAAGAAUGAGGGUCGGAAGAUUGGGAUUCCAAGAGUGAUUCUAGCAGCAUCUGUUACUCUUUGUGUGGUCCUCUAUUUUAUUCUCAUGGCCCAAGAAAUUCACAUGCAUGCGGCCCGGAUUCAGUGGGGAUUAGUGAUGUGCUUCCUAUGUUACUUUGGCACCUUUGCUGUGGAGUUCCGGCAUUACCGUUAUGAAAUUGUUUGCUCUGAGUACCAGGAGAAUUUCCUGAGUUUCUCUGAAAGUCUAUCAGAAGCAUCUGAGUAUCAAACUGACCAAGUGUAACUUGCCUCUCUUUAAAAAGCUCAUUGGUGACAGUGGGGGAGAAGGGUUAGAGACUGACACAGGCACAGGAUGUCACAUAUGACUUCACAACACACAUACACACAAA